AUGGCAACUUUUCUAACCUCCUGCCUAAGGUCAGUUCCCGCCGUCCGACAUGCCAGCAGACGAUCCGUCCGUUGUGACUUCCGGAAGAUAUUCAAACGACCCAUCCUCAUGCUGACUCUUGUUCUUCUUGUUGGCGGCUUUUGGUUUGUCUACCAAAGACGCGAUCACAAGAUUGGCAGCUAUUCAAGAUGGCAGCCAGCGGCCACGUCCAGACAGGGUACAACGGCCAAGUACUUCGUUCGGGCACGUGACCAAGAAAUUUACAUGUACUCAGCGGUGACCAACCGUCACCACCCGGUCAACAACGCCAUUAACAUCAUCAUCACCACCCUGUCGGCAUCCAGGGCGUCCUUGCAGUGUUGUGUUGUGCUCGACGGUAAGACCCUCUAUGUCACCCCGGCUGAGACGUUUUUCCGGUACAGUACGUCUGAUGUUGCCUUCAUUGCCAACAUAUUGGAGUUUUUCAGCGACGGGCAUCUGUACCGCGCUCGGCAGUACUCUUGCUCGCUACCGGACAUUGGUCAUUCUGCCGAAUACGUGACACUAACCUCAUCUCUGUGUUCUCCAGAUAUCAGAGACUAUCUUAAAAUCCUCCACCCCCCUCCGGUGCCAGGUGGACUCGCUCUAUGUGCAAAAAUAGCUUACAAUGGAGGGCUUGACCCCGAGAAGUUCAUCGAGUGGGUUGAAGUUCAAAGACUGUUAGGGGUGGACAAGAUACUUAUCUUUGAUUUAGGAAACCCGGAAAAUCUAACGCGGGUGUUUAGAUACUACCAAAAUCAAGGGAUUUUAGAUGUCCAGCCUUAUGAGCUGCCGGGAUAUCCGGAAAACCGGACAAUUUGGGGAGCUGCCACAGCGACAGACCAGUUCCAUCACGACGAGUCCAUGGCUGUCUUGGAGUGCAAUCAAAGGAUGUCCGGUUACACGUUUGUGAUGAGUCAUGACGUGGAUGAGUUCAUUAUACCAAGACAGGACGUCACUUUGAAACAAUUCUUCCAA